GCCAGAGGUGACACGAGGUUUGCCGGGCCGCAGCGACCUGCAACUUGCGCUUUCCUUUCAUCCACCACGCACCCAACAUCGUUAAAGCCGAAAAUCUCCCUCUCGCCAAUGUCGACUUGCGCGCUCGCGCCUCCCAAUUGAGACGUGCUCGCGCUCAUAAUCCCGCACCGACCGAUCGCAUCCAGAGCCGCCACCAACACACAAAACCAACCAUGAACACCGCCGGCGCGGUCAUCCUCGCCCUCGUCCUGGUGCUGCUGGCAGCGGGCGUGGGCUGGAUCAUAUUCACGCGCAUCCGGGCCUCCCAACUCGGCCUCCCCCCACCGCCCUGGAAAUCCUACAUCCCCUUCCUCGACCGCACCCCCGCCCCCUACGCCGGCCCCUCCCCCGCGCCGAGCGGCAUCCUCGGCUGGCUGGGCGACAAGCUGCGCCUGACACGCCACCCGCGCAACGCACGCACCGCCACGGGCGCCUACGAAGGCCCUUCGCCGUCUGGGCCGGGGUCGUAUAACGCGGGGUAUUCUGGUGGUGGUGGUGGUGGUGCCGGUGGUGGUGCCGGUGGUGGGGGUGGGAGUCGUGGGGGGUUUGGGCACAUGGAGGAUGAUGACCCGUGGGAUUCGCGGGUUGGGGGGUAUAACCCGUACGAGGAGGAGCGCGAGCUGGGGCUGGUUCCCCCCGGCGGGGGCGGUGGUGGUGGGCGUGGUGGGGGUGGGGGUGAGGGGUAUGCGAUGAACUUGGCCGUGACGCCGGGCGGGUCGACGGUGCUGCCGACGCCGGGCAGCGAGCGCGAGGAGGAGGAGGUUACUCGUGGUCGGCCGCGUAGUCGGUCGCCGGGCCCUUCUGCUACGGCUGCUGCCGCGAGGGCGGAUCCGUUUGGUGAUGCGGCUGAGCCGAGUAACUUGAGCUUGCGCGGGGUUAGUCCGCGGCCGAUGGAUGAUGGCUCGUCGUUUGCGGCGCGCAAGGCGAGGAGGGAGGAGGAUCGGAAGUCGAUGUUUCGGGAGGAGGUAUGAUGUGAGAGCGCGUCGUGGGAGGGUAGGUGGGGAUGAGUGGUUAUUUAUUGGCGCGUUUUCGGGUGCUAUGUUACACGGCUUUGGUGUUCUUUUACUUUUGGGCUUUUGGAAGGCCGGCUACUGUCUAGGGCAUUUCAGGAUCUUGGGAGGGACCUGGGUUGGGUUUGGGCAGGAGUUUGGCCGGCUGCUGGUUUUGGGCAAAAUCACCAUCUUUUAUACAUACGAUUGGUGC